AUGCAGGCUGCAAUGGCCGAGAAUCUGGCCAAGUCCGGUAACAAUCCCAAUGAAGAUUUCUACCAGGCCUAUACCCGUUGGAGUGACGGUGGAUGGGGCAUGAUUGUCACAGGUCAGUCUACGUGUUACGUGCAUACUUUCAAGUGCCAGGCUGAGCUCUUCGCAGGAAACGUUCAAGUGGAUAUCAACCAUCUCGGCAAUUUCGUAGACCCAGCUCUUCAGGGGGACUACACUGGGCCAAAGGACAAACAUGUCGAGACGUGGAAGAAAUACGCCGAAUCGUGCCAGAAACACGGCACACCGACAAUCGCCCAAGUCUGUCACCCUGGUAGACAAUCACUUCGUGGAGCCGGACGCAGAGGUCUCUUUGCUCAGACAAUGGCCCCCAGCCCAAUCCCGCUGAAGAUUGACAACAGCUGGUUGGAUUCUUUAAUUACCACUCUAGCAUUUCCCAAGCCGCGCGAGAUGACACAGAAGGAUAUAGAUACCGUCACUCGUUUGUUUGUGGACACAGCCCGGUUGAUGGCAGACAGUGGGUUUUCCGGUAUUGAGUUGCAUGCAGCCCAUGGCUACCUUAUAGAUCAAUUCUUGAACCCCAAGUCCAACACUCGUAAAGACGCCUACGGAGGCUCUGCAGAGAAACGGGCCAAGUUCCUCCUCGACAUCUUGAAAGAAUGUCGGAAAGUCGUCCCUCCGAACUUCUGCAUCGGCGUUAAGCUCAACUCGGCAGACCGCGAUCCCACCAGCUUUGAGGAUACAUUGGUCCAGGUUGCACUUCUCGUUCAGACAGGUAUUGACUUUCUCGAAGUCAGUGGAGGGAGUUAUGAAAAUCCAAGGAUGGUCAGAGGCGAUAGUACUCAGAAAGAUCAAGAAAAAGGACAACGCACUGCAGCCCGUGAAGCAUUUUUCCUUGAAUUUGCUCAAGAGACUCGCAAGCGCCAUCCAAAUCUCGUCCUCAUGCUGACCGGUGGAUUCCGCAGCCGCACUGGCGCCGAGACAGCUAUCAAGGAGAACGCGUGUGAUCUAGUCGGCAUGGCACGCCCAGCUGCGGUGAAUCCUGGACUUCCAAAAUUACUUCUUGAUGAAAGCAUACCAGCAGAAGAGGCAGAACUUGUUCUAGACGCCGUUCAGUCUUCGUGGUUUGCUAGGACAUUCAAGAGCCAAAUUCUAGGGAUGGGUGCAGAGACUACCUAUUAUGCGAACCAGAUUCACCGGUUGGCGAAGGGACUCGCGACAUUCGCACCAGCUUUGUCGUGA